UUUGGGGGCACUGAGUAAUGUAGCCAUUUCUGACCCAGCAGCGGGGGAAAAUGUGAGACAUUCGCUGCUGCGGCUGGAAGGAGGGCAGCUGGGGCUUGCGUUCGGGCAAGAGCAGAGGAACCGCACCGCGGUGGACCCCGGCGGCGGAUAGAGCCAGAAUGGACGACAAUAUGGACACAAAAUCCAUUCUAGAAGAACUUCUUCUCAAAAGGUCACAGCAAAAAAAGAAAAUGUCGCCAAGUAAUUACAAAGAGAGGCUUUUUGUUUUAACCAAAACAGAUCUCUCCUACUAUGAAUAUGACAAAAUGAGAAGAGGCAGCAGAAAAGGAUCAAUUGAGAUUAAGAAAAUCAGAUGUGUGGAGAAAGUAAAUCUUGAGGAGCAGACCCCUGUGGAGAGACAGUACCCUUUUCAGAUUGUCUAUAAAGAUGGGCUUCUCUAUGUCUACGCAUCAAACGAAGAGAGCCGAAGUCAGUGGCUGAAAGCAUUACAAAAAGAGAUAAGGGGUAACCCCCACCUGCUGAUCAAGUACCACAGUGGGUUCUUCGUGGAUGGAAAGUUCCUGUGCUGCCAGCAGAGCUGCAAAGCGGCCCCAGGAUGUACCCUCUGGGAAGCAUAUGCUGAUCUGCACAUUACAACCCAUGAAGAGAAACACAGGGUUCCCAUCUUCCCAGACAGAGUGCUGAAGAUUCCUCGAGCAGUUCCUAUUUUCAGAAUGAAUGAACCAUCCUCAAGUACCACCGUGGCCCAGUAUGACAGUGACUCAAAGAGAAACUACGGCUCCCAGCUAACUGUCAACAUGCAGCAUAUUCCAAGAGAAGAUUGCCCUGACUGGUGGCAAGUAAGGAAACUGAAGAGCAAUGAAGAUUUUGCAACCAGCAACCAAAGGGAAAGGACUGUUGCAAAUCACAGCACCUCAAAGAUGUCAUGGGGAUUCCCCGAGUCAAGUUCAUCUGAAGAAGAGGAAAACCUGGAUGACUAUGACUGGUUUGCAGGUAACAUCUCCAGGGCCCAAUCGGAGCAGUUACUGAGACAAAAGGGAAAAGAAGGUGCAUUUAUGGUUAGAAAUUCCCGCCAGGUGGGAAUGUACACAGUGUCCUUAUUUAGCAAGGCUAUGAAUGAUAAAAAAGGAACUGUCAAGCAUUACCAUGUGCAUACAAAUGCUGAGAACAAAUUGUACCUGGCAGAAAACUACUGUUUUGAUUCUAUUCCAAAGCUUAUUCACUAUCAUCAACACAAUUCAGCAGGAAUAUGGGAACUGAAAAGAGAAGAGCUUACCCUCCUGAAGGAGCUGGGAAGUGGUCAGUUUGGAGUGGUUCAUCUGGGCAAGUGGAAGGGACAAUAUGAUGUUGCCAUUAAGAUGAUCAAGGAGGGCUCCAUGUCAGAAGACGAAUUCUUCCAGGAGGCCCAGACCAUGAUGAAACUCAGCCAUCCCAAGCUGGUGAAAUUCUAUGGAGUGUGUUCAAAGAAAUACCCUAUAUACAUAGUGACUGAAUAUAUCACCAAUGGCUGCUUGCUUAAUUACCUGAAGAGUCAUGGAAAAGGACUUGAAACCUCCCAGCUCUUAGAAAUGUGCUAUGAUGUGUGUGAAGGCAUGGCCUUCUUGGAAAGCCAUCAGUUUAUACACAGGGACUUGGCGGCUCGGAACUGCUUGGUAGACAGUGAUCUCUCCGUGAAAGUGUCUGACUUUGGAAUGACAAGGUAUGUUCUUGAUGACCAGUAUGUCAGCUCGGUAGGAACCAAGUUUCCGGUCAAGUGGUCAGCCCCAGAGGUGUUUCACUACUUCAAGUACAGCAGCAAGUCCGACGUGUGGGCGUUUGGGAUCCUGAUGUGGGAAGUGUUCAGCCUGGGGAAGCAGCCGUAUGACUUGUAUGACAACUCCCAGGUGGUUGUGAAGGUCUCCCAGGGCCACAGACUCUACCGGCCCCAACUGGCAUCGGACACCAUCUACCAGAUCAUGUACAGCUGCUGGCACGAGCUUCCAGAAAAGCGUCCCACAUUUCAGCAACUCCUAGCUUCCACUGAACCACUUCGGGAAAAAGACAAACCUUGAAGAAGAAAUCAGGAGAUCUGAUGAGAACGAAUGUAAAUGCUGGCCAACAUUUUCAUUCCUUUUAAGGAAAGUAGCAAGACGCAGACAAUGUAAUUUAGCUAGUUCUUCUUAAUAGCGUUCUGUGUGCUGUUUGCCUGUUGUAUUAUCUCGAAAUUGAACAAGGUAAGAAACAAAAGAGUUCCUUGAAAUUUAGGUCAAAUUAGUAAUUCUGUGUAUGCUGCUCUUAAUAUUAUUACACUUCCCAGCCUAUAGCAGAAGCACAUUUUCUGAUUGUGGUAGACAGAGGGUGUACCAUUUGUAAAGACUGCAUCGAAUUAAAAAAUUCUUUGUUGGAUAUUUGUUCUUUUCCUUAUAUUGUCACUAUCCUGAUAAUUAAAUAUGCUAUU